AUGCUUAUUGGGAACCAGGUAAAGGCUAUUCCACAACACAACACACGUACCUUAGCCGCCAGAGUAAAACACUCACUGAAGCAUGUGGCCACUGGAUCGUCAGGAGUCCCAAACAUAUCAGAGUUUUUGAGUGAAAUGGUGUUUGAUGGCAUUCAGGCGGGUUACUGUGACAGCAGGAACAAAAUACUAGAACCAAGACAGGACUGGGCAAAGAAACUAUUAGAUGACAACCCCGAGCAGCUGAAGUCUUUGACUGUACAGUGUUUUGUGACUCUGCCAAACCGAGCCUGGAUUUUUGGUUUACAGCAGCAAUUAAACCAACCUGGAGGCAUCCACAUUUUACAGAGUAUAAGUGGCUGUGAAUGGGACGAAAGCACUGGAGAGAUGAUCAACUUUUUACGGUAUGCUUACAACGGAGAAGACUUUCUUCAAUUUGAUAUGAAGACGUUAAGGUGGAUCGCACUGAAACCAGAGGCUGUCAUUACCAAACAGAGAUGGGACACUGACGAAAAUAGAAUAAAAUACACCUUCAAGUUCCUCAGUACGACUUGUCCAAUGUGGCUGAAGAUGUCUUUGGAAAGUGGGAAACGUUCCCUGCAGAGAACAGUUCUUCCAUCAGUGUCUCUCCUCCAGAAGACUCCCUCCUCUCCAGUCAGCUGCCACGCUACAGGUUUCUACCCUCAAAGAGCCGCGAUGUUCUGGAGGAAAGAUGGAGAGGAGAUUCAUGAUGGUGUGGAUCCUGGAGAGAUCCUGCCCAACAAUGAUGGGACCUUCCAGAUGUGUGUUGAUCUGAAUGUUUCAUCAGUCAGAACAGAAGACUGGAGCAGAUACGACUGUGUGUUUCAGCUCUCUGAUGGCGAUGACAUCAUCACCAAACUGGAUAAAAAAGUGAUCAGAACCAACUGUGGAAAAAUAAUACCUGUCAUAGAGAAUCCCUCUGACAGGAUGAUCUCCAUCAUUGCUGCAGUGGUUGUUCCAGUUCUUCUCAUCCUUUUUGCUGUUGUUGGAUUUGCUGUUUACAAAAAGAGGAAAGGUCAGAGAAUCAAAGGAGCUGAGUUUAUCAAUGAACCAGGACCAGCAGUGCAUGGUUUUGAGGUUAUAUACUGCCUAAAUGGGCAACGGCCUCUAAAUGGCAUGGGUCUCACAGACCCGAACACCAUACAAGGGUUAACAAGAUAUGACAAUGAUAACAGAGGCCAGUAG